AUGGAAAACAUCAUAUACGAAGACUCGCCUCUAGCGGCGUACCUCGAGGGAGAGGGCACCGGUGAGCCUGACUGGGUUGCGUCCGUCGACGACGACGACGACCGCAAGAGCGACAAGAGCCAGGAAACCUCCUUUGCCCCCCGCGGGCCCUCCAGCCUCCAGUCCAAGCUGCGCAAGAAGCUUCCGCGCCCGCUGAAGCUGCCUCAGCGCGGCUCCGUCUAUCGCCUCCAGAAUGCCUAUUCUCGCGCCGUCAAUUCCCGCUUAGGAAGCGCCGACAAUACCCGUUUCCUCGAGCACUUCCGCUUCACCAUCGUAUCCUCGCAGCUGCUGAGCGAGCACUCCGGCCAAACAGCGUUCAAAGUCCCGUCCGGGCCUGCAGAUGGGUCCGCACAGGCGGUCGAGUAUAAGGGCGGCUCCAUCAACGUGACGGGGGCCACGGCUACUGGCGUGGGGGCCUUCGUUGUUGUCUCGUUGCUUCACUGGGCUCGGGAAUCAAAGCAGGGUGGCUUCAACAAGGGGAGGCUUCUAGUCGUGGUUAUGGCGACUGCUGUUGGUCUGACGGUUGCAUAUGCACAUGCAAGGCGCCAGUGGCUGCAGAAUCUAAGACAUCGCGCCGUCGCCGCAGCCUCUGCGCUGGUGUCCAAUCUGCAAGCUUUCGACACCUCCGCUUCUUCGGCCGUCCUGCUGGUUCAGGAAGUCGAGCUGGUGUCCCGGGGCUACCGACUGAGCACUCCUAUGCCGCCCAUCACGAGGCUCGAUGACAAGAGCCAGAUCAAGCGGUGUGCCCGUUUAAGGCGCAGCCUGCGCAGCACAUUCGCCGCCACCCUCCCUGCUUUCGCCGAUGUGUGCGCCACCUUGCGCAUUCUAGUGGAGCCCGAUGAUCUUGAAAGAUACCUCGAUGUCUACGACAUCACUUCCCAGGACUUGCAGGAAGCUGCAUUGGGAUAUUCCGAGGAUGAGUUUGAAGACGGCGAAAGCCUUAAAGCCCUGCGCAUCUGGCAGUACCGCCUUGUCACCCUGCGCAGGGUUUUCCUGUGCUCUCUUCUCGCCCUCGAAGCAGACGGUGACAGUGAUGACUUUCCACGCUGGCGCACGGCGAUUGAUGCCAUGGAGCGCCUCACCGAGCUAUCCGGAAAGUGGUGUGAGAAGUUGACGCGCAUUCUCGGAGAAGAAGAACAAUUCGUGCUGCCUUCGCCGCAACCGAAAGCUCCGUCUACGCCAGGAAAGGAAAAGAUCCGCGCUUCGGUCCGGCAGAUGAGCGCUCUGUCGCAGGGUAUCCGCGGCUUGCAGGCCAAGAUGCAGAUCCUCCGCGAAGAAUCUAACAAGAGUUUGGAGGAAUCAGCCGAAGUGACAGAGCUUGGGUCGACGUUGAUGGCACAGUACGACUCGAUCGGGGCCGAUCUCAAAAACCUCGUGCAAGCUUGGGAGGCAGGUAAGGCGUCCUUGGCCCUGAACAUCGACAGACAAGAGCGGCGCAUCUCGCAGGCGUCCAGCGGCGGACUCCGCUCGCCUGUGCCUAGCCUGGGAGGGCUUACGGUUGUGGACGAGACGGGGAGUCCUAGCGACGCUCUACGGGCGCUCAACGGUGAAAUGCCACUCUCCAACCGAAACUCCGGGUCUUCUAUUGCAUCGAAUAGCGGAUCGGACGAGGAGAUUUUCGAAGCCAUCGCCAUGCCUCGCACUCGGUUGUCGAUGACGCGCGAAGAGCGCAUGGCCAAGAUCCAGGAAGAUCGGAUUCGGCAGGCGUCGGCGCGGGAACAGCGCGAGGCGAACACCAGCAUGUUGCGGGAACUGGAGUCGGUCAUCAGCCUACGGCCGGGACAGAAGAAGCCUCGUCCGGCGACGUACGGCGGAAGGGUAUCGUCCUAUUGA